GGAGGCGAUGUUGCCGGGCCCGGGCCCCUACGUAAGUCGGGCGCCGCGACAGGCCGGCCGGUGAGACGCCGCCAGGAGAGGCCGCGACGGAGCUCCCGGACCCGCCAUGGGCUGAGACACGUCUUCGCCGAGCAGAAUAUGCCCGGGUGACUCCCUCCCAGAUCUUCCUGUGGCCUUCCUUGCCUUCCCUAGUGACACUAUGCAACCCCAGCGUGACCUGCGACGCCUUUGGCUCCUGCUGCUGUCCUUGCUCCUGCUCCUCUUUGAGAUGGCCAGAGCUGGCCGACCCGUGGUUAGCUGUCCUGCCGCCUGCCUGUGCGCCAGCAAUAUCCUUAGUUGCUCCAAGCAGCAGCUGCCCAAUGUGCCCCACUCCUUGCCCAGCUACACCGCACUGUUAGAUCUCAGCCACAACAACCUGAGCCGCCUGCGGGCCGAGUGGACCCCAACACGCCUCACCCAACUGCACUCCCUGCUGCUGAGCCACAACCACCUGAACUUCAUCUCCUCGGAGGCCUUUUCCCCGGUACCCAACCUGCGCUACCUGGACCUCUCCUCCAACCAGCUGCGCACACUGGAUGAGUUCCUGUUCAGCGAGCUGCAGGCACUGGAGGUGUUGCUGCUCUACAACAACCGCAUUGUGGCCGUGGACCGCUGCGCCUUCGAUGACAUGGCCCAGCUGCAGAAGCUCUACUUGAGCCAGAACCAGAUCUCCCGCUUCCCCUUAGAACUGGUCAAGGAAGGAGCCAAGCUACCUAAACUAACACUUCUGGAUCUCUCCUCCAACAAACUAAAGAACUUACCAUUGCCAGACCUGCAGAAGCUGCCUGCAUGGAUCAAGAAUGGUCUGUACCUACAUAACAAUCCACUGCACUGUGACUGUGAGCUCUAUCGGCUCUUUUCACACUGGCAGUACCGGCAGCUGAGCUCCGUGAAGGACUUUCAGGAGGACUUGUACUGCAUGAGCUCCAAGAAGCUGCACAAUGUCUUCAACCUGAGUUUCCUCAAUUGCAGUGAGUACAAGGAGCAUGCCUGGGAGGCCCACCUGGGUGAAACCUUGACCAUUAAGUGUGACACCAAGCAACAGGGGAUGACCAAGGUGUGGAUGACACCGAGCAAUGAACGGGUGCUAGAUAAAGUGGCCAACAGCACAGUGACAGUGUCCAAGGAUGGCAGUCUUUAUUUCCAGCGUGUGCAGCUUGAGGAUGGUGGUGUGUAUACCUGCUAUGCCAUGGGGGAGGCUUUCAAUGAGACACUGUCUGUGGAGUUGAAAGUGUAUAAUUUCACCUUGCACGGGCACCAUGACACCCUCAACACAGCCUAUACCACCCUAGUGGGCUGUAUCCUCAGUGUGGUCCUUGUUCUCAUAUACCUGUAUCUCACCCCUUGCCGCUGCUGGUGCCGGGGUGUCGAGAAGCCUUCCAGCCAUCAAGGAGACAGCCUCAGCUCUUCCAUGCUUAGUACCACACCCAACCACGACCCUAUGGCUGGUGGGGACAAGGAUGAUGGUUUUGACAGGAGGGUGGCCUUCCUGGAACCUGUGGGACCCGGGCAAGGUCAAAACGGCAAGCUCAAGCCAGGCAACACUCUGCCGGUGCCCGAGGCGACAGGCAAGGGCCAGCGGAGGAUGUCAGAUCCAGAAUCGGUCAGCUCGGUCUUCUCUGAUACGCCUAUUGUGGUGUGAGCAGGAUGGGUUGGUGGGGAUGUUCUACCCCAGGAGAGGUAAUGCACCCCUGAAGGAUAUGAGGGGAUGGAAGAGAGGCCUGGCUACUCAAGGGAGUGGGUUCCCCUGACCUCAAGGGAAUUGGUCAUAGGUACAGUAGGCAAGACCCUAAAUGGUGUGGCUGCCGCGACUUUCAAAUAGGGGUAUAUCAAUCCUCAGGCAAAUGCUGCACUCUUGCCAAAGCCCUGGCAGUUCUCCGUGUGAUGGAGGAAGAGGAGCAUGUCUGAAUGAAGAAGGGGUGAGGGGGAAAAGCAGAUUCCCUAAACUUUUUCUAGGUCAUCCCUAGCUCCUUAAGAGAAAAUCAUUUGGAGGAAAAAAAAAAAAUCAUGUUUUUUUUUUCUAUCUCUGCCCACCCACACCAGUGUGUGUUGGGGAGAACUUCCACAGGAGCCACAUUGGGAAAAAGCUGCAGUAUCUUCUUGGGCCAGGAAGUCACAUUUCACAGCUGGGGAAAUUGGAAACCUUUGGAAAAAUGAGUCAGGAAAAGGCUGAGACCUCAAUUGAUAACAUUCCCCAAAGCUACUGUGACUUCCCCCUAAUGCCCUCCUCUUUCCCAGUGAGCCCUGGGUGGGUGGAUCUUUGCAAGAGCCUGGCCUGUUGCCUGUCAGAUAUGGCAACAAUGUGAGAUGUGGUAUCUGUGUCUUGUCCUGGGACCAGUGGCACAGGAAUACAGCAUGAACUGAGGGGUGCAUGUCACAGCAUAGGUGCCAGCACAUAACUUGCAAACAGGGGCUAAACUCCAGAUUGGCUAAUUCCCUGUUGGUAAAACCCGUGGUUAGCAUUUGAUUCCUAGCACCUGGAACUAGGACCAGGAUGGGAGCUGAAGGCAGAGCUUGUAUGGGUGUCUGUCACAGAUGUGGGAUGUAGAGCCACUUCACAUUAGGAGGAGGGUGAAGCAGCCUCUAUUAUGUAGCAUCCGGCUGGACCUACGUGAUUUUCUGUGUAUGCCAUCUCUUCAUUCAGGCUCCUUAUCAAGCUUAGGUGGGAUUCUGAGUUUUCCCUAAUACGCUGCUCUGCAAUAGAAGGGGUCCUGGGAAGUCUGGCCCCAGCUGGGUUAGACUGGGCUUGGGGGAGGGGAGCUGGGAGGUAUCUUCUCUACGUGGACAAAGCUGCCCUGCACGUCUCAUACAUCUCACCCCAGCAAAGACAAAGCACUGGAUUUCAUCAUCUGAGGGGUUGAAGCUGGGUGGUCUCUGCCCCAGAAUGGCAGUUUGGAGUGUGGCCUACAGUUCUGCCCUCUUCACAAGGUUCUAGGCAGUCUUCAGAGACAGUCAGGGGCACUAAACUUUGGAAGAACAGGCCCAGGCCCAUUCCGUCCAAGGCUGCAGAAUACUUUGGGGAUGAAGAUAACUGCUCCGUUCAGCUUUUCCCUAUGUUGCAGGCCCUGGAUGCUCUGAGCUCGGGCAAGGGGAUAAGGAGGGCAAAGGUGAAAAUGAUCUCUGACAUUGGUCUUUUCAGUCUUUCCCCUUUCUCCCACCAAGUUUCCUGUCCACUGGAAGUUCUCCAGAUCUAGUUUCCUGACUUGUUCUUUAGGUUCCAAGAGGUGUCUUUUAUGUAUGGGUAAGGGCUGCUUACGAGGAGCCUACUAAGAUUGGGGAAGGAGAUUAGAACUCAACAUCUUCCCCUUGUUUGUUCCUGGGAUGUCAAGACUGCUGUUCAUCCUUUAUUAGCAAUCUAAUUUUGUGCAGAGAGGUGUGGCAUUUCCCUCAAGUACUUGCAUGCUCAUAGGUAUGCAUGCUUAUAGGUAUGCAUGCACACCAGCACCUUGACUUCCAUCAGGACAGGGAUUCUUUAGUCCCCACCAGUGUCCACUUUCAGAAUGGUUUCCACCUAUGUGCACAACUUCAUGCACAGUUUUCUUGCCCUGUAGGAGAGACAGUGACCAUGCCAGGAUCCCCAAAUACAAACUCUUGUACUUUAAAUUUUUGAACUCCUUAAAGCUUCACCCACAUCUCCAUGGUACUGAAUAACUUCUCUGCAAAGGCUGGAGUUAGGAGAACCACAGGUUAAAGACCUUGGGAGAAGGGAUGAUGAGCUAGCUGGUUCUUCAGAGUCCUCAGAAGCCCUGGAUUAAAGAUAAGAUACAUGAGAAAUAAAUGUAGAACUAGGUCAGUGUUGGACCCAGGACACUGGCAGGGACCAAGCAGCUCUAAGUUACUCUUGUAUGUUAACUGCCUUCGUAAGACAGGGGCAGGAGGGAAAGUUGGUUGUAUUCCAGAGACUUCUGAGGAUUUUGUUAUUGGAGCUAUAGAAACCAGGACUCCCUCCUCAGACUUUCCAGGGAACCUGGGACAAUCUCAUUUCCAUAUUGCAGCUUUCCCUCUAGGCACCACCUAGGCCUCUGAAAAUCUUCAAAGUGGAUGUCAAAUGACAUCCUUCUGGCGCAUUCUACCUGAGUUCCUGGGGACUAGAAGGGCCCUUGUCUUCGUAAGUCCCACCCAGUUUAGGGAAUAAGAGAAGGCUUUGAGGCCCUUAGGUCUCCCUACUGUAUCCACUAGGUUGGCCCCUAAUCUGAGAGACUGGUAGGUGUGCCUGGCUGUCCCACCAAGAGACUGAACUGAGUAGCUUUUUGCCGUAGUUUGUUGACAGAACCCAAAGGUAGCUACCUACUUGGGGAAUUGAGUACUCAGCAUAUGUAAGCUCAACUAGAACUCUGUAGAAAAUUGCCAGGUCUGGUUAUAAGGAAAGGCUGAGAGAUCACCCCACCCCCUCCCCUGACCCUGCACUCAAACCAGUCUCCCAGGAAGCAAGUGUCCCUAGAGAAAGAGUAUGACAGGGCUCUACAAUCUGUCUAUGUGAUUAUGUGUGAUCUUUUUUUCUUUGCCUGUAUUUAUGGGGCUCAUAGGGAGGGGCCAGGAAAACCCCAGCUGGAGAGUAAAGCUGACUGAUUCCAGUUUUGUGUGUGUUCUUGCCUCUGUAUUUCCCUGUAGCCCUGCUGGCAAGGUGAGCAGGCCUUCCCCCAUCCAGGCCCCUAUUCUUCCCGCUUGUGUACAUCCAGGCUGGCAAACCUUUGAGCCUCUGGGCUCUGAAAACUAGACAAUGAUCAUUAAACCUGGCUUGAGUCUCUGUUC